CAGGGUGUCACCUGUGCAAGGUGUUCCUGCUGCAGGGUGUCACCUGUGCAAGGUGUUCCCUAUUCAAGGUGUCACCUGGUCAAGGUGUUACCUGUGCAAGGUGUCACCUGCAGGCAGCUCGCACACCUCCUGCAGCAGCAGCACCUGAGCCUGCUGUGCAGCCAAACCCUGGCGUGCUGCCCUGCCCCUGCCAGGUUCCGUCCUCCAGGUGUCCCCAGGUGUGUCCCAGCUGUCCCCAGCUGUCCCCAGGUGUCCCCAGCUGUCCCAGCUGUGCCUCCACCACCUGUCCUGUGACACCUGUGGGGCAGCAGGUGCCGAUUCAGGGCACACACAGCUCUCCUCCUCCUUCGGGUGGCUUUUUGCAAUCACCAGGUGUAAAUUUUAGCGAUUUUUAAAUUUUCUUUGAAGGCAAUUUCCCUUUCUUUAAAGGAAGAAUGAGCGAGUGCCGUGAUUUGUACACUUUUAUCAAUUUUCAUGAAAUGCCUGCUAUUUUUUGUAUUAAAAACCAGGGUAUUUUAAUGCACAGAGAAGAAACGGGUGAUUUUUCUUUAACCCAUCCAGACGCGAGAAGCUCGGUGCCGUUUGUGAGUGGGUGCCGGGGCAGUGAAGGCGGGCGUGUUAUUUCUGAAAUGUCUCACUGACGAUACAGCCGGCUCGUUACCGGAGCGCUGUGCCGGGAAUUCUGUGUGCCGGGAAUUCUGUGUGCCGGGAAUUCUGUGUGCCGGGAGUUCUCUGUGCCGGGAAUUCUCUGUGCCGGGAAUUCUCUGUGCCGGGAAUUCUCUGUGCCGGGAAUUCUCUGUGCCGGGAGUUCUCUGUGCCGGGAGUUCUCUGUGCCGGGAAUUCUCUGUGCCGGGAGUUCUCUGUGCCGGGAAUUCUCUGUGCCGGGAAUUCUCUGUGCCGGGAGCUCUGAGCGGGGCUGCGGGACGGGCUUGAGGCGGGACCGGGCCCGGGCCCGGCCCUGCUUGAGGGCGGUGCCGCCAUUUCCAGCAAUGCGCCCAUUUCCGCCGCCCGCCCCGUGCGUCACUUCCGCCGCGCCCCCUGCAGCCAAUGGGAGCGCGGGGCCGGUUUUGGCGCGGAAUGCGAAGCGCGGUGGGGGGGGCGGCGCGCAGGGCGCCCCCUGGCGGCGGGGCGGCCCCGCCAUGGCGGCCGUGCCUCACAACAACCUCCGGGAGCAGCUGCAGCGGCAUUCGGCCCGCGGGGCCCUGCGCGCCCCGGCACCGCCGCGGGACCGCCCGCCGGGCUUCACCUUCAAGAAGGCGCCGCGGGGCCUCGGCGCCGCCUCGGUGCUGAGGGACAAGGAUGUGAACACCUCCCUGGCCCUGCCCGCCGCGGCCCCGCCGGACAGAAAAGCGGCGGCACCGGGCUGCGUUCCGCCCCGCGGUCCCGGCCCUCAGCCGCUCCGAGCCCCCCCGGGCCCGGCCCAGCGCCCCGCCGCUCCCGCCGCUCCCGCCGCUCCCGCCGGGCCCGGUGCCGCUGCCGGCCCUGUUAUCACCAUCGAAGAUGAGUGGGACGAUAUCGACGACUUCGACCUGUCGGGAAUCGAGAAGAAGUUCUCUCGGCCUCCCAUCGUGUCUCCCAAGGGGCUGCGAGCCCCCCGCAAGGAGCCCCCGAGGCCGAGCCCCCGGCCGGGCCCGCCCGGUUCUCCGGAGGCCGAGCCGGGGCCGUGCCCGCAGCGAUCCGGGAGCCGCCGGGAGGAGCCGGGGCCGUGCCCGCAGCGAUCCGGGAGCCGCCGGGAGGAGCCGGGCACCGGCAGCGGCGGCGCGGCCGCGGAGCUGGGCUGCGGAGUGCGGGACCGGGAACGCACCGCUGUUGGUGCUGAAGGGGGUCAGGGCCAGGAGCAAGAGGGGCCUGGCAGCAGCCCCCCAGAGCUGGAUGAGGCCACCUGGCCAUUGGCAGGUGCUGAGCUCGAGGAGGAUGACCUGGACAUCAUCCCUCCCUCCCCUGAGGAGGAGCUGCCUCCCUUCUCCCCCUCUGUGCAGAGUGCCAGUAUUUUCAGAGACUCCCCCACUGGUGGAAGAUGCACAGCUGGCAGCUCCGAGGCCGGGCAGGAGAAGGUUCCCACAACACAUCCUGGAGGAGAUCCCAGUGCAGGGGAUUCAGUGCCCGUGCCAGGCGAGGCCGUGCCCGUGGCGCCGCAGCUGUACCGAGUGAUGGAGGCCAUCUGUGAGCUGGUGGAUGCCAUCCCCCUGCAGGAGCUGCAGGCCCUGGGCUGUGCCAGAGCCCUGCUGCAGCACAGGGACCUCAGGAGGAAAUUGCUGGCUAAUUCUGUCAGUUUGAAGCAAAAUGGCAUAAAGACCCCUUUUGCUAGAAGCUGGAAGUCUCCCAUGGAGCAGAGCCCUCGUGUGUGUCCUGGUGCAGGUCCAGGUUCUGGUCCAAACUGGAGCUUCAGUUCUGACAGAAACUCCCCCAAACCCACAAACCUCCCAUCGGUGCUUUCUGUUCAUUCCAGCAACUCUUCUGCCAAAACAAAUGAAACCUUGGACACCUCUUGUGCUUCAGAGCAGAGUGCUGAGGGUGUGCCGUGCCCCAGGGGAAGUGGCUGGGGGGGAUCCUCCCUCAGGCUCAGCCUCCAGUCCUGUGACAGCAGCUGGGACAAAAGUCCAGGAACGGGGAAUGGGAGCCGGCCCCUGAGCAGCACAGCCCUGAGGGCUCCAAGCACAGCUGCCUCUGCCAGUCCUGCAGGGAGCAGCUUGGCUAAAGAUGAUCUGCACUUGGACCUGGAUCACUUUGACAUCGAUGACUUCGAUGAGGACUGGGAGAGCUCGGUGGCCGUGCCAGCCCCGCAGGCUCUGUCCCCAGCGUGGUGCCAGCCUGCCCGGGAGGGGCCACCUGCCACAUCCCUCUUGUCCAAGAUUAUGUCCAGAGCCAAAGGGACGGCUGUGGGAUCCAGUCCUGCUGCUCCAAAGCCAGGCCUCCUGAUGGCAACAAAGAGCCAUCCAGAUCCAGUGGUUCAUGACCCCGCACUGGAGCGUUUCAGGGGUAUGAAAUUUCCCCAUUCUGCAGAAAUGAUGAAUAUAUUCCACAAGAAGUUUGGACUGCACUGUUUCCGGACAAACCAGCUGGAGGCCAUCAAUGCUGCUCUGCUGGGGGAGGAUUGUUUCAUCCUCAUGCCCACAGGAGGUGGGAAGAGCUUGUGCUACCAGUUACCAGCCUGUGUGUCUGCCGGGGUCACUAUCGUUAUUUCUCCGCUGCGGUCGCUGAUCAUCGAUCAGGUUCAGAAGCUGAAGACUUUAGAUAUUGCUGCAACGUACCUGACUGGUGACAGAACAGAUGCUGAUGCCUCAAAAAUCUACAUGCAGUUGUCAAAGAAAGACCCUGUCAUAAAGCUGCUGUAUGUCACCCCUGAGAAGGUGUGUGCCAGCAGCCGCCUGAUGUCCGCCCUGGAGAACCUCUACGACAGGAAGCUCUUGGCGCGUUUUGUCAUUGACGAGGCCCACUGUGUCAGCCAGUGGGGCCAUGACUUCAGACAAGACUACAAGCGGCUGAACAUGCUCCGCAGGAAGUUCCACGCCGUGCCCAUGAUGGCCCUCACGGCCACGGCCAACCCUCGCGUGCAGAAGGACAUCCUGAACCAGCUGGAGAUGCUGAAACCACAAGUGUUUACAAUGAGCUUCAACAGGCAUAACUUGAAAUAUGAUGUGCUGCCCAAGAAGCCAAAGAAGGUGGCGAUGGAUUGCUUGGAGUGGAUUAAAAAAUAUCACCCCCAUGACUCUGGGAUAAUCUAUUGCCUUUCCCGGCACGAGUGUGACACCACAGCAGCCAUCCUGCAGAAGGAGGGGCUGGCUGCCCUGGCCUACCACGCUGGCCUCACCGAUUCCAGCAGGGAUCUUGUGCAGCAGAAGUGGGUUAAUCAGGAGGGAUGCCAGGUGAUAUGUGCAACAAUUGCCUUCGGAAUGGGCAUUGACAAACCCGACGUGCGCUACGUUAUCCACGCAUCCCUUCCCAAAUCCAUUGAGGGUUACUACCAGGAGUCUGGCAGGGCUGGGAGGGAUGGAGAGAUGUCCCACUGCCUGCUCUUCUACAGCUACAGUGAUGUGACCAGGCUGAGAAGGCUCAUCCUGAUGGAGAAGGAUGGGAACAGCCACACGAGGCAGACCCACUUCAACAACCUGUACAGCAUGGUGCACUACUGUGAGAACGUGGUCGAGUGCCGCCGUGUCCAGCUGCUCGCCUACUUUGGGGAAACCAACUUCAACCCCACCUUCUGCAAAGAUCACCCAGAAGUGAUUUGUGACAACUGCAGUAGAAAGAAGGAUUAUAAAUCAAGGAAUGUGACCGAGGAUGUGAAGAGCAUCGUGCGCUUUGUACGCGAGCACUGCAGGCAAGCGGGGCAGGUGAACGGCAGGAGGAAUCCAGGCUCUGGCAGGUACACCCUCAACAUGAUGGUGGACAUUUUCUUAGGUUCAACGAGUGCCAAGAUUCAGUCUGGAAUAUUUGGGAAGGGAGCUGCCUAUUCCAGGCACAAUGCUGAAAGACUGUUUAGAAAACUGGUCCUGGACAAGAUCCUGGAUGAGGAUUUGUACAUCACAGCCAAUGACCAGGCAGUGGCAUAUGUCAUUCUGGGAGAGAGAGCUCAGGCCGUGCUGGAUGGGUCACUCCAGGUGGAGUUCCACGAGACAGAGAGUGCCAGUGCCAUCAGAAGGCAAAGGGCUUCCAUGGGAAAGAUGUCCCAGCGGGAAGAGGUUGUUAAGCAGUGCCUCAGUGAACUUACAGACACCUGCAAAACCCUGGGCAAAGUCUUUGAUGUGCAUUACUUCAAUAUUUUCAGUACUUCCACCCUAAAGAAAAUAGCGGAAACCUUGUCCUCAGACAUGGAGGUGUUGCUGCAGAUCGAUGGUGUCACAGAAGACAAACUGGAGAAAUACGGUGCAGAAAUAAUUAAAGUGAUGGAGAAGUACUCAGAAUACUCCAUCCAAGAAGACGCUGCCUGCCCGGGUGCGGACACGGGGAGCGCUGGCUCGCUGGGGAGCGAUGGAGAAGCAGAGGAUGCAGCUACAACCUCCGGCUAUUUCGGCAAUAACACAAACCAGAGGAGGAAAAGGAAGCGGCUGCCCAACUCCAGGGACUCCAAGAGGAAAAAGACGAGUGGUGGUGGCAGCCAGCAGUUCCACCCCAGAGGUGGCUACAGCAGGUACAGAAGGACCAAGAAGCUGCCAGGCUCGAAGGCUCCAGCCUCCUCUGGUGCCAGCUCCGUGUCCUACAGCGUUGGUGGCUCACAGGGGGCUGCUGGGAAGCUGGCCAUGAUGGCACUGCCCAAACCCAAAUCCAGGAGCUUCCUUCAGCCUUCGUAUUCCGUAUUUUAAGUGGGAAAUGCAAUUACUGGACGAAUUUCCCCAAGAUGGAAUCACUGUUUAUUAAAUUUUUUGUUUCAUUUGCUGCUGCUGAACCUUCUGGGACUUGUGUAUUUGUAGAGUACAAAAGCUCACAUUAAAUAAAUAUUUUUUAACUUGUCA